UCUCCCUGAAGGAACUAGCUUGAAACAGCAGAGGGCACUAUGUACAUAAUAUACGCACAUGAAAUACAUAAUGUCAUACCAAUUAAAUUCGGAUUAAAUGAGGAGUUAAUUAUUAGCGACGGAUAGCCCCAAUAAUUUGGCUCUUUAUCACGCCCACCUCUGGCUGGUUAUGUUAUUCCCGUUUAUCUAUUGAAUAAAAUGCAUCAAUAAUGUCAAUCUCUAAAUGCCACAUUAAACGGUUGCCACAGUAUAACUUCCAUUCUAAUCUCAGAGUGGGUAGAGAAGGCUUUCGAGGAACGGCUCCAAUCUGCAUGCUGUCUGAAAUAGACUGCUCGCUGUGGGGUAAAAUGUGUCUGACGUGCAUGGUGGACGAGUAAAGGAGUGCAAAAGCGAUCAUGUGAGUGCUCAGGGUGUACCAACCAAGCUCGGAAUGAAUUGGAAUGGGACAGCCUUUGAGACCAUGAACACACAGACAGUCAUAUGACGAACCAAGAACACAGCACGCAGGGGCGUCGCGCGAGGAAACUGUCAUCAUCACCCACUGCUGAGUGGAGGAGGAGAGCGCAGCGCAUCAAUGCCACCAGGUGGUCUCGCUCACGUCGCUUGGAGUCUGGACUACACUACGCUGGCAUCGUCUCGUCGUCGGCCUAAUAGCCGUUGAGAGAAGAAUGCAAGAAUGGCGGAGGACGACGCCGAGCUGAUCAGGGCAGCGUUGCAACGAGACCAGCGACUCCUGCAAAGCUCGUCUUGCGGGUGCACCGCGAUGGAUGGAGCGACCAUGGAGGAAAAAGGAGAGGAUCUAUCUCUGGAGGCGAUUCUAGCGCUGUACAACCAGCCCAUCAAUGAGGAGCAGGCAUGGGCAGUUUGCUACCAGUGCUGCAGCACGCUGGCGAGGGGACCAGGGAGGAGGACCUCCGCGCCGGGUCUCGGGACAGCGUCCGUGGUGCACCGUGCGCGGAAGAUCCAGGGACUCGGGGACGUGAUCAUCCAGAGAGACGGAUUGGUUCGCUUCCGAUACGACGAGGAUUCACAAGCUAAAUCCAUCCCCUGCAGAUCAACAGAGGUGAUCGAGUCCCUGGGCAUCAUGGUGUACAACGCCCUGGACUACGGCCUGAAGGAGACGGAGGAGCGGGAGCUGAGCGCGCCGCUGGAGCAGCUCAUCAACCACAUGAUCAACAUGGCGGAGGCCGAGAAGGACGCCUGCUACGACGAAGGCUACGAGGCCACAGAGGAAGACGAGGAGGCAGAGGAUGAGCCCGGGUGCGCCCCCGGCACCAGAUGUUACAGGGACCUGCUCAAGAUCUGCACGUCCCACCUUCCCGGCCAAUCAGAUGCUCCUAUUCACUACCAGGCGGUGUGCCGGGCUCUUUACUCAGAGACCAAGGAGCUCCGCACCUUCUUGGAGAAGAUAAGGAGUGCCAAAGAGGUGGGUCGACAAUGA